GUGAAUGAAAUUAAAAGUAUUACUUUCUUCAACGCCGCAAUAGUAGGUAUUCGUGUUUAUCUAAAUAGUAUUGAUAUUCAACGUAACAUUAAAAGUGAUGUUUUAGUGAAUUCAGUAAUAAUUUCUCAAUUUUUUUCAUUCUUUAGAUUACCUACUAAUUGAUUUUCAUCAAAAUAUGGACAGAUUAUCUUCAACUCGUUUCCGACGCGCCUUUUGCUGGGCAAUUAUAUUUUUUGUAAUCAUAUCUGUUUCCCUUUUAUGCUGGUACUUGAUAGCACGAUCUCAACCUCAGAAUGCCGUCAAAAAAAUUUGCGAAACGAAGGAAUGUUUAUCCGCUGCACAGAAUUUGAUGAAAUCGAUCGACUUCGAAGCAAAUCCUUGCGAUGAUUUCUACCAAUACGCUUGCGGAAACUGGCCAAAAAAUCAUAAUAAUUCAGACGAUAACCCCGGAAGUACCUUCACGUUGCGAAUGACUGAAAAUGAAGCAGAACUUCACGAUUUUCUCAAAAAGAAUAAUACUGAAGACGAACCUGAAGCCGUUCACAAAGCAAGGGAGUUGUAUGCCUUAUGUUUAAACCCAAAUGCUUACAGUAAAAGUCUAGAGCCAAUCAGAGCAAUUCUACAGAAGAUUGGGUUACCCUUACUUCCUUCCCCGGUUAAUGAGAAUAAAAACUUUUAUUACGCGACAGCAUUAGCCAGAGCAUCCAAAUUGGCCGGAAUCAAAGUGUAUUUUGACCUUACAACAGACCUAAAUCCUUAUAAUCGAUCACUGAAUAUGAUUGCAUUGAGGAAAAAAGCACAGACAGCGGAACUUGAUCCUACUAUGAUGCCUCUGAUAAGAACAUCAGGUAGAUCGAAACGAGAAGUUUCAGCACAAUCAGAUCAACGCCAAUUCAUGAUUGAAGUGAUAGGUAGAAUGUGCGAAGGCAUCAAUUCAACUUCUUGCAAUGAAUGGACUUCAGUUACAAAGGAAAAUGAAAGGAAUAAAACGAUUGAAAAUAUGCUAACGCAAAUAAAUGGAAUCUAUCAGAUCACCAAGAAACCGACUCCUGCACAAAAUUCCACGCCGAUAGUCAUAUACUCCUUGAAACAACUGCAGGACCUAACUGACAGCAUUGCAACUGAAGUGCGUACAACGAUUCCCAAUAAGUUAAAUUGGACAAGAUACAUAGAGGAAACUUAUACUGGCUUAGAUAACGUAACAUUGGAUCUCAGUGACCCGACCAGAGUUCAAAUUGCCAUCGCCAGUUUCGAUUCCAUCAAAGAAAUAAUAAGAUUUAUACACGAAACUAAAAAUUUGAAAUUACUUGAGCUUGGAAUCUGGUGGGAAGUUGUCUACAACCUUUUACCCUAUGUUGACUACAAUAUUUUUGAUAAAAAAGUUCGAUUACAUCAUCUUGAAGAAGGAAACAUCGAAAAACGUUGUGCUGAGAUAACCCGGUUGUCAUUUGGUAUGGCUGUUAGUUACGCAUAUGCCACAAACGAAAGAUACACUAAAGCCAAGACAAACAUUCUCCGAAUGCACAAUCAUAUUCGAGACAGUUUACAACAAAUUAUACAGGAAGCAUCUUGGUUGGAUGAAACAACAAGGCAAAAGGCAUUGAAGAAAUUACAGUCGAUGAAGUCUUAUAUUGUAUAUCCUAGUGAAAUCAAGGGAAAAAACAAACUGGAUGAUUUAUACAAAAAUGUGAACAUAUCCGAAAAUUUCUACGAUACGAUGAUUGGAAAAAUUCAAGCCCAAGUCAACAAAACGUUGAGCAAAUUGAAUCGAAUUAAUGACAUAAACGAAGACGAUUGGAUUAUGAAACCCACCAUUGUUAACGCUGCAUACAAUCCUCAAGACAACGCCAUUACUAUCCCAGCUGGUAUACUAGGAUCGUCAAUUUACACUCAGAGUUUACGAGCCUUGGAUUAUGGAGGAAUAGGUACAAUUGUAGGUCACGAAUUGACUCAUGCGUUUGACAAUAAAGGAAGACGUUUCAACGAGAUAGGAAAUCUAGAAGACUGGUGGCAAGCCGACACAUUGAAUUCAUUUGAAAAGAAAGCUGAAUGCUUCGUAAAUGCUUAUGCCAAUUACAGUAUGGACUUUGAAAGAAUUGUACAGCGGGGUGACAGUAAAGUAACAGUAGGAGAAGAUAUCUCGGAUAGUGGCGGAUUCAAACAAUCACUCUUCGCUUACAGAAAAACUGUAUCUGAAUUUGGAGAAGAAUUGAAGCUUCCUCAGUUUGAAAGUUUUAGUCACGAACAACUCUUCACACUUUCAUUCGCCAAUUUGUGGUGUGAAAAUCCAACGGAAUCGUCUGCGAAGUUGAGUCUAUUGAAUGAACAUAGCCCUAAAGGAGUUCGCGUAAACGGAGUUCUAAAAAAUUCCAAAGAGUUCGCCGAGAUUUGGAAAUGCUCAAACGGUAGUAGAAUGAACCCAACAGCCGAAAAAUGUUCUCUUUGGUGAUUUUCCGAAUUGAUCGAGAAUAAAGGCAGCAGUAAUAACGUAGUCGCCCCAAUAAUCGGCAUAGUGCAAUCUUUGAAAUGUAAAAAUCAGACUUUGGCAGCAGAUUAUGUAGAAUGAACAAUAUAUUUUAACAAUUUGAAUUUUUUUUUGUGUAGAGUAACCAUUUCUGUUUCCUAAAAAAAAAUUCCAAUACGUUUUUGUGAUAAUAACUAUUGAAUAAUUGAAUUUUUAUUUUCCAUUUCUAAAAAUUGUGCUUGUACCUAUAAUCGACAAAAAUGUUCCUAUGAUCGGCAAAAUUGCUCCAGUAAUCGGACAUGGGAAUUUUAUGUUCAAGAAGUUUUUGAGCAACUUUUGAGACUUCUGGGGGAUAUUAGCUGAGUGUCCUUUUUAGCUUUUUUUGUUUGUUCAACAUUUUCUUUCGAUUUGAGGUUUUCCUCUAAUUUUUUCUUCUUUGCUUCCAGCUUAUUAGCACCUUUUUUUUUAAUCUUUUUUUUUAUUUCCGUGUUUUUUUUUUAGCCUCAAUUCUGUCCUGUUAUUGUUUUCAAUUUCUUGAGCUUUUAAAAUUUUGAUUCUUCUUUUUUUUUAUUGUACAAAAUCCACUCUUUGGAAGUGGCUUGUGAAGGCAGUUUUUUUUUCAUUUUUUUCAAAUUUCAAUGUAAACUACUGUUCCAGUAAUCGGCGUACCAGUCAUCGGCAAAAAUUUAAUCAACUUUAUUAUUGUAAGUGUUGAGUAAAUUUGUGCCGAUCACUGGUAUACUAUUUCAUCUCAUAAAUACAAAUCAUUUUAAAUUUACAGCAUUGGAAAAACAUUUAAUUAACUCCGAUUAAAUGAAUUUCUAUUAUGAAAACAAUGCUCCAAUAAUCGGCAGUAUUCCGAUCAUUGGGCCAAGCAUUUCGUUUCAAGUACUAGUAAUCGGCUUUUCAUUUUUCGAUUAUUAAUAAUAAAUGAAGUGUUAAUGAUGAUACGUCAAGUGUAAAAUAUGUCGAGAAAGGUAUGAUAAUUAGGUAAAAACAUAGUUCCAGCUAGAAAAUGAAUUUACUUCCAAUUAAAAACUUCAAAAUGCGCGGGCAUCAAAUUUUCUAAUCUCAUGAAAUCACAUAGCAAAAUCAUAUUUCAUCACUAGCCAUUAAAAAGUGUAAUUUUGAAAGACUUGCCCAUAUCCUGGAUCAUCCAUGCUUGUUUUAUUUGAUGAAAAAAAGGUUGUAGAUUCAGUUACAAUAUUCCUCACAAUGCUGUGGCUGAUGCAACAAAUUUUAUUUUCCAAAUUAGAAGUAUGCCGAUCAUUGGGUACACUUUUUGCAGUAUCCGAUUACCGGAGCGACUACGUUACGUCACAAUUUUCACAAUAUUCGGUUCAUACUUGUGUAUGUACUUAGGGUACCUACUCACCUAUUUUUGUUCACUCAUAGACUACCUAUCAGUAAUAGAAAGUAAAUGUUUAUAUAAAUGUU